AUGAAAGAUCUGAUACUCACCGGUAGCAUUCCUGUCACGAUCAAGCCCACGAUAGAUAUGAAAGAUGUCAAGCCAUUGACGCUUGUUAAGGCUGGAGAUGAUGGGACAUUGGUGACGCAAACACCAACUGGUGAAAGAGCUAAUGGACAUGCCUCUCUAUCCAAUGAAGCUACAAAGGAGAAACCCUCUGGUGUUGAAGAAAAUGGUAAUCCUCUCUUGGUGAAACCAAAUGUUAACAAGGGAAAAGGCAUAGCAAGUUCUUCUGGUUCUGUAGUGAAAGGUAAAACAAAAAUAGCUGCUGAUCCUGUGGCGAAUGCUUCACGAAAUGAAACUUCUGCUGCUGCUGCUGCUGAUACUCCAAUAUGGUUUACAUUACUUGCUUUAAAGGAUCAGGAUACCGAUGCACCAUUGCCACAACUCCACAAUCGUUACUUGAGGGUUAGAAACGGUAACUUACCUGUUUCAUACAUUCAGAAGUACAUUGCAAUGAAACUCCGUCUCGAAAGCGAGGAUGAGGUGGAACUAUAUUUGGGAAAUGUGCCUUUGGUACCAUCAGUGGUGCUAUGUGAUGUACUGACGUAUUGGAUUGCAUUUGGAUCUCCUCAUACAAUAUGUACAACGCUGGGAGCUUCAGCUGCUGACUAUAUAAUAAUCUUUUCUUACGGUCGCAAACUUCAACCCAAGCCUCCAGUGACUUAG